CUAUUCCAUCCCUCUUACGGGGAGUCGUCGCCGUCAUCUCCCCCUUCUCCUCCUCCUCCACGAAUAAAAGAAGAACUAAAAAGGAGCAGUCUUGCCAAUUCUCAUGGAGGCGGCGAGAAGAGCGUCAGCCUCUCCCCUCCUCCGCCGCCGGCUGCUGCCGGCCGGCGGCUCCUCGGCGUGCGGUCCGGCGCGGCGGUGGGUGACGUACAUGCCGCGGCCGGGCGACGGGGCGCCGCGGACGGUGACGCUGAUCCCGGGCGACGGCAUCGGGCCGCUGGUGACGGGCGCCGUGCGGGAGGUGAUGGAGGCGAUGCACGCGCCGGUGGCGUUCGAGAGCUACGCCGUGCACGGCGACAUGCCGGCGGUGCCCGGCGAGGUGGUGGAGUCCAUCCGGCGCAACAAGGUCUGCCUGAAGGGCGGCCUCGCCACCCCGCUCGGCGGCGGCGUCUCCUCCCUCAACCUCCAGCUCCGCAAGGAGCUCGACCUCUUCGCCUCCCUCGUCCACUGCUCCAACCUCCCCGGCCUCCCCACCCGCCACUCCGGCGUCGACAUCGUCGUCAUCAGGGAGAACACCGAGGGCGAGUACGCCGGCCUCGAGCACGAGGUCGUCCCCGGCGUCGUCGAGAACCUCAAGGUGAUAACAAAGUUCUGCUCGGAGCGCAUUGCCCAAUAUGCCUUUGAGUUUGCGUACCUGAACAACAGGAAGAAAGUAACAGCUGUGCAUAAAGCCAACAUUAUGAAGCUCGCAGAUGGUCUUUUCCUAGAAUCCUGUCGUGAGGUUGCAACAAAGUAUCCAGGGAUUAAGUAUAAUGAAAUUAUUGUGGAUAACUGUUGUAUGCAACUUGUUUCAAAGCCUGAGCAGUUUGAUGUCAUGGUUACCCCAAAUCUGUAUGGAACUCUGGUAGCGAAUGUAGCUGCUGGUAUUGCUGGAGGAAGCGGUGUGAUGCCAGGAGGUAAUGUGGGUCAAGAUCAUGCCAUUUUUGAGCAAGGUGCUUCGGCGGGCAACGUGGGGAACCCCAAAAUCGUGGAGCAAAAGAAGGCGAAUCCUGUGGCACUUCUUCUGUCAUCGGCAAUGAUGUUGAGGCAUCUGCAGUUCCCCUCAUUUGCCGACCGACUAGAGACUGCCGUCAAUCGAGUGAUCUCGGAAGGCAAGUACAAAACCAAGGACUUGGGAGGAGAUAGCUUGACCCAAGAGGUUGUUGAUGCAGUCAUUGCAGCGCUCGACUGAGGUUGCUCUCAUCUGUCAUAGGAUCGUUUUGAUCAGGGCAAUCAGCAAACUAUUUGUUGGAAAAGUGUAUAUUUUCCUUUCCUUUUUUUUUUUCCCAAGUUCAUUGAUAUUUUAUUUAGGCAUCUCCCACUUCUUGCACUGGUUCUGGAGCUCGUGGGAAAGGCAUAAAAGAUGGAUUAUUUUGUGCAGCUGUUCACUGAUUCCUCGUAUCCGUGGGCAUGCAUCGAAAUGCAAUUUCGAUAAUAAAAAGGUUCUUUUAAACUGCCUUAUGCAUUUGAAUGCAGUUUUUAUUCUAA